CCAGCGGAGAGCCUCGCCCCCGCCCCGCCGGCGGCCCCGGCUCUCCGGCGGCCGCCGCCCCACAGCUCCGCCGGCUCCCUAACGCCCGGAAACGGCAGCAGCCGGCGCGGGACUGCGGCUUCCCCGGCGCGGACAUGAGCGGGCUGGGGGCCGCCGCGGAGCCGCCGGGAUGGCGGCUGGGCAGCGGCGGCAGCGAGGUCUUUCUUCCCGAGGAGACGCGCUCCGCCGCACCUGUGGAUUUCCUGCAGGAGCUGCCCAGCUACCAGUCGGCGCUGAGGCGGCGGGCCGCCGCCGGGGGCACCCAGGAGCGGCGGACGGCCCUGCGGGGCUCCGCGGGGCUCCGCGCUGCAGAGGCCCGGGGGCCGGAGCAGGAGGGCGGCGAGCUGGCUGCUCGCCCUGCGAGAGAACUCCCCUUCAGCAUGGCGGAGAAGAGGAGACUCAGGGACUGUCAGCAGGCUGAUAUAAAAUAUUUAUCUGGAUGGAAGCAGUGGAAAAGAACUAGCAGUAAAUCAUUGAAAAAAGUUCUCAAUGAAGUCAAGGAGUUGUUGUCUUAUCUGCAGCUUUGGCGACAUGAUAUUCACAGCAUAGAAGGGAAAUUUGGCACUGGAAUCCAGUCCUACUUCUCCUUCCUGCGUUUUCUGGUCCUGCUGAAUUUUAUAAUUUUUAUCCUGAUGUUCAGUGUUGUUACCCUUCCCAGCAUCAUUUCUAAAUAUGGAAUAUUCAACAGUAGCUUUGCUAAAAUUCCUCCAAAGAACAUAGAGCCUCACUGCACAGUUUAUAAACCUAGUGGUAAUAAGGGACUUGUUUACUUCUAUACUUACCUCAAAGAUUUGUUCAGUGGCACUGGGUUCCUUAAAGAGACAAGUUUGUUUUAUGGCUAUUACACAAUAGAUACUGCAUGGCUCAGUGUCCUGAGGUACAACUUGCCACUAGCAUAUCUGCUAGCUACAUUUGCCUACCUUGGAUUAAGUCUCCUCUGGAUAAUAAAAAGGUCUGUGGAAGGAUUUAAGCGGAACUUGGUGCGUGAUGAAGACCAAUUUCAGAGUUACUGUAACAAAGUCUUUGCAGGCUGGGACUUCUGCAUCACAGAUCCAAACGCAGCACGGCUAAAACAUCGCAGCUUGCAAUAUGAGCUCCAAACAGACUUGGAGGAAGAAAGACUGAAGCAAAAAAUAGCUGACAGGACAAUGAAAGAAAAGCUACGCAUCUACUCUCUGAGAAUACUUAUAAAUAUAAUCGUCUUUGCGGUUUUAUCAGGAUGUUUUUACUCUAUUUAUAGAGCAACUGUCUUCUCUCAAGAAAACUCCAAUGACAUCAGCAAUACGAACUUCCAGGUUAAUCUCUUACUGCAGUAUUUGCCUUCCAUGGUGAUCACAUUGGCCAACUUCAUUGCUCCUCAGAUCUUCUCAUUUCUGAUCAGAUUUGAAGAUUAUUCACCAGCCUUUGAAAUCAGGCUGACACUCAUGAGGUGUGUCUUUGUGCGGUUGGCUAAUAUCGGUGUUCUCUUGUUCUCGCUGUGGAGUCAGAUCUCCUACUGUGCCACUGAUGAGUGUAAGGCCUGUGGAUACAAUUACGAACUCUAUCCUUGCUGGGAAUCUGCAGUUGGGCAAGAAAUGUAUAAACUGAUGAUAUUUGAUUUUAUUAUAAUUCUUGCUGUGACUCUAUUUGUGGACUUUCCUAGAAAGUUCCUAGUUACUCAUUGCUCUUGCAAGCCAGUUCAGUGGUGUGGAUUGCAGGAAUUUGGAAUUCCUGACAAUGUCCUGGAAAUUGUUUAUGGGCAGACUCUCUGCUGGAUCGGAACCUUCUUUUCACCACUUCUCCCUGCAAUAGCAACUAUAAAAUAUUUCAUCAUCUUUUACAUUAAAAAGAUCAGUUUGAUACACACAUGUAAACCUGCGGCUAGGCCUAUCAGAGCAUCAAGUUCCAAUUUUUUCUUCUUGGUGGUGCUGUUGAUUGGGCUCAUCUUGGCUUUUAUUCCUUUGGGAAUCAGCAUAGCACAUAUCCCCUCCUCCAAGGCAUGUGGUCCAUUCAGGAGUUUUAACACUUCAUGGGCAGUUGUUCCAGAUACAAUACUUGGAUUUCCAACAGGUCUGCAGCAGGUCCUUCAUGGCAUAGCAUCAGAAGCCUUUGCAGUGCCUUUUUUUAUGGUCACUUGCCUCAUUAUGUUCUAUUUUAUUGCCUUGGCUGGAGCACACAAACGAGUGGUUGAGCAACUGAGGGAACAGCUGGUUAUGGUAAGAUUUGACCCACUUGUCUGUACCCCUAAAGUUUUCAUUGUUGUGUCAGUAAUCAGGCAUGCAGAGGAACAACAGUUUUCGUAGUCUUCUGGAUACUUGGUGUUUACACAGGCAGUGAAGAAUGUUUUAGAAAUUACACAGGAAAAAUUACUGAAGCACUGUAGUAUUUCUCAGUCUAGUUGGUUUUCCUGGGUAUCAGCUGCAAGUGCAGCAAGGUCUGGUUAUAUGAGAUAAGCCUCUGAGAAGCGGUGUCCCUGGUCAUCUGUUGUCUUGCUUAACUCCACCCAUCUGCAUGGGUCUUUUUCUGCCAAACAAGAACCUGAAUCUUGUGCUUUCUGUCCCCUCCACCAUCUUACAGAACCCCCACCUCUAUUUCCUUCUCCACUCUCACAAACAGGCACCCAACUGCCUACUCUUCCCUCCAGGCCUAUGUUUCUGCUGCAUCGUGUCUGGUCUUAUUCCUGAGCACAGGGCUUUGUGGUCAUCAAAACCUGCUGCCAUGUUUGACAGCCUUCACAUGCUGUGGUCUGUCAAACUCUGCUCUAGUCAGAACCUAGCUUCAAUAGUAAGACUUCUCACUUUCUUAGGAAGUAGCCCAUUUCUUGGUAUGUGCUUCUUUUAGAUAUAGCAUUUAACAACCUGUCCUUAGAAAAACACUGUGCUAGGGAAAGAUUUUUGAAGAGUAAGGAAUUUAAGAGCAAAAGCCUUACUGCUUUUUCAAGGGUUCCCAAAUCGGUCAGGAAUUCUGAAAAUCCUUGCAUGCUUUUUAUUUUUGUUUGUUCACCGUUGUUAGGCUUCUUUGGAAGUAUGGUUUUAAGUUUUUAGGUGUAUGAGAUGUUUUUACUAGGCUCAACGCAGAACUGUUAAUAUGUGACCUAACAUGAGAUAAAUGAAUUCAAGACUAUUGUAAACUUAAAAUUGUUCAGGCAGUUGAGGGUAUGCUGGGAGCCACUAAUUAGAGUACAAUGUGGUGAGUACACCUAUUUAUUUCUAAUAAAGAAAUGAGCUUUUCAUAGAUAACUUGUACUACUUCUGUUCAUCUACAGCUUACUUUUUAUCCUGUCUUUCCAGGAGAGUCGUGACAAGCAGUUCUUAAUCAGAAAGAUAACAGAAGCUCAGAGGCAUCCUUGAAAACCGCUAAAAGCCAGAAGAACUUGACUUCCUGAAACUCCCAGAACCACUAGAUGACAGUAGAAGCAUCUGCAGCACUUAAAAACCAAGCAGCUGACUGGCAACCUGGCACUGCGGUCUUAGUCUUGAUUAUGCUAGUGGGCCUUGGAAGUUUCCAAGACUGGAAAUUUAGUUAAUUUAUAUUGUGUUAGACCUGUCCAAAAAAUUGUAUGGUAGGACACUUUGUUGCUGCUACAAUUUCAGGGUUGUUGGGGUUUAAGUCCCUAUUUUUUCAGGGGUUUUGGUAAAAUGUGGUCAGAACUGAAAUUCUGUUUAAGAACUUUGUACUGUUUUUACAAAUUAUGCUUUAAAAAUCGGGGGGGGGGUCUGUGGUUUUACAUGUUUCCAACUCACUUCUGUUUUAAAACCAAAGCAAAAGAGAGAUGUGUGUCAGUAUUUUGAAAUAGUGCACAGGAGAAGAAAACAUGGCAUGGGUUUGAAAUCAGUUUUCUAAAUCUUUUUAGAGAAGAGAUUUUGAUACUUAUUUUGGUCUGAAAUAGCGAGUGCAGUUGAACACUGGAUAACUUUGCAACAUGGUUCAGAGAAAACAAGCUGAUAAAAGAGCUCUGAAUAAACCCUGAGAUAGAGGAGGAGACCACCAGGCGGGUCACCGGGCGGUGCACGUCUGUCACAGGGAAAGCCAUUGCUCGGGUACCAGCCUCGCUGCUGUGGAGUAGCUUUUUUUUUUAUUUUAUUUUUUUAACUUAAAUGUGUUAAGGCAUUAUUACUUGUGUUUUAUUCUUGUACAAACAUCUUGACUACUGUUCUCUUUGUUCUAAAAUGUGAACGUUUGAGAGUUUAGUUAUAGUUUGGAAGUGCAGCAUUCAGAAACUUAUGUGUCAGUACCAUUUAAAUUCACGUGUGUUCUUGCUUAAAUUAAAUGAUGGAGCUGUGUGACUUCGAGGGAACAGUAUUUCUCAGUAGACUGCUGUUUCCGUUAAAGAUUGUUCUUAAGGAUUUUCUGUGCAGAACUGUGUGUAUUACUUGAAAUGUGCCAGUAGCACACUGCUAGCUAGUAUGUGAGGCUAUUCUUUUUAUAUCGUGUUUUGGAAUGUUUUCUGCCUUCAUUUUAAAGAAACUAACGUUCAAUAAAUGAUACUACUCUUUUUUUAGA